UUUCAUUAAUGGCUGCGAGUGUAAAAAAAUUAAUCUUAAUUAUUACUGCAUAUAAGUAGUAAAUGUAAUCAUUUAUUAUUCAGCGUCUAGAAAACUUAUUGUAUGUGUUUCGAUUGUGUGUCAUUAUGACUUCAUUUUAUCAUUAUUGCUAGGAGCAGGUUUUGAAAUAAUAAUGCGGAGUUCAAUAUGAAGGAGAUGGUAGGAGGAUGCUGCGUGUGCUCGGACGAGCGAGGUUGGCCAGACAACCCGCUGGUCUACUGCGACGGGAACGGAUGCACAGUUGCGGUUCACCAAGCGUGCUACGGUAUAGUGACAGUGCCAACGGGCCCAUGGUACUGUAGGAAAUGCGAGAGUCCAGAAACCAAAGGGAAAGUGCGAUGUGAGCUGUGUCCUUCUAAAUCUGGUGCUCUCAAACGAGCUGAUUCAGGAGGCUGGGCGCAUGUUGUAUGUGCACUUUACAUACCCGAGGUUCGAUUUGGCAAUGUCACGUCUAUGGAGCCAAUUGUUUUAAGACUGAUUCCGCCCGAGAGAUACAAUAAGAAUUGCUACAUUUGUCAAGAGUCUGGUAAAACUCAUAGAGCUACUGCUGGCGCGUGUAUGCAGUGUAACAAAUCUGGGUGCAAACAACAGUUUCACGUGACUUGCGCCCAGAGCUUGGGCCUGCUCUGCGAGGAGGCCGGCAACUACUUGGACAACGUCAAAUAUUGUGGCUACUGUCAACACCAUUACAGUAAACUGAAAAAGGGCGGGAACGUGAAGACCAUCCCUCCGUACAAGCCUGUGUCGCAUGACAGCCCGUCCAGUGACUCCAGCUGUGAGAAGGAGGGCGACGCGUCGCCCAUGGCUAGCGGGAGCGGGACCCCUACACAUGCUGCUAAGCCCAAAGGGCCCGGUCGAAAAUCAGGUGGUGUCUCAGGAAAGAACACUCCUAACUCAUCAAAGACUCCUACAAACACUCCUCAGCCUACAGACAAGAAGAAGCCGUCGCCUUCGCGGCGCGGGUCUUCGGCGACGGAAGGCGGGUCAGGCAGCAAGGCCAACACGCCGGCGCCCUCGCCGCAGCACCCGGCCUCUGACGCUCCCCCGCCCUCUAACAAACCACCUGGUGGAUCUACUCCUGGCAGCACCCCAAAAGCGAGUCUGCCGGCAUCCUCCCCCAGUUCCAAGUCUAUAGAAGCUAUCGGGGUGAUCAGCUCGGUCGCGUCUGCUACCUCAGUACCUUUGACGGCAAUAACAGCUACUCCCCCCAGCUCGUCAGCGAGCACAGCCGCCAAGCCGCUGUACCAGGAGUCGGUGAUCACGAACACGGACAGCGCAGACACGAAGCAGACCAAGAAGCGCAAGGCGGUGACGGCGGCCGGCACGCCCACGCCGCUCGACUACGCGCCCACGCCGCCUCCCACUGCGGUACCUUUACACACUCUUCCCAUGCCGAGGCUUUACCCAUUCAUUGCCGACGCAAAGACUGAAGCAGGGGACAACGUGGGUGUGUCCCACUUUUCAAGCGUGAGCGCCGCGCCGCCGCCGCCGCCUCCGCCGCCACCCGCGCACAGUCCCGCUGCGCAGCCUAGCCCCAGACAUUUACCCAGCCCUAUGCCUGGCCCCAGCGGCGCGAACCUGGCGGUGACCAACAUAAGAUCCCCAUCGCACCCACAGGGCGUGAAAAGCGAGCGCGACGGGCCGGCGUCCCUGCUCGUGUCGGUGCCUUUGCCGUCCACCAGCCACGGCCUCAACCUCAGCGCCCAAGCACAGGUUUCUGCACCACCAGAGAUGUCGGCACCUUCGCCUCAUAUAUUCCAUCAACCUCAAAAACAGGCCGCGAUGGAGCCGGGGAUGAGCCACUCGCCGCACGGAGUCCCGGCGCGCGGCAGCUGGGGCGGUCUCAACGUCGCCUACGAGAUGCAACAGGACCCCACUAAAUCCAGCGUGAGCUGCCUGCCCGGCUCCAGCAAGGACGGCGGGCUGGCGGCGGGGCUGGGCGCCAUGCCGCCCGUCACGGUGCGCAACAAGAAGCGCGCCGCCAUGACCUCGUCCGUCGUCACCAUGGCCAGCAACCCCACCACGUCCACCAUACAAUCUGCAGCGCAAAGCCUGGCUAGCAUCCGCCGCCAGCCGCAACCCACGCCGCCGCCUAUUUACCAGGAGACCAUAAAGGAUUCUCCGCCUAGUUCUCCCAGUUCUGAAAGGCCGCUGAAACCGAAGUUGGAAUCAAAGAUGGGCGGCGGGUAUUCUGCGCCGCACAUGCUCGGCAACGAGCUGAACCCCGAGAGCGGCGCGGCGGCGCGCCUGCAGGAGCAGCUGAGCGCCGAGCUGGCGGCGCACGCGGCGGGCGGCGCCGGCCUCGACCCGCUCGUGCCGCCGCCGCUCAUCAACAAGGCGGCGCCGGGCGCCAGCUCGCGCAGCGGCUCGGGCGCGCAGAGCCUUGACCAGCUUCUGGAGCGCCAGUGGGAGCAGGGCUCGCAGUUCCUCAUGGAGCAGGCGCAACACUUCGACAUCGCGUCGCUGCUGUCGUGCCUGCACCAGCUGCGCACGGAGAACGUGCGGCUGGAGGAGCACGUGGGCAGCCUGCUGCAGCGCCGCGACCACCUACUGGCCGUCAACGCGCGCCUCGCCAUCCCGCUCACCGCCGUGCCUACUGGGCCGCCGGAGCCCCGCGGGUGCGCCCGCGAGAACGGAGGCGCGCGCGCGCCGCCCGCGCCCGUGCGGCCCGCCGAGACCAUCACCUCCGACCGCGGCCACCAGCUUAUGAUGCGUGAAGUGCAGCAGAAGCCUAGCUGAAAGCAGCCUGGGGGCGGUGGCGGCGGGGGUGGUGGCGGCGGCGGCGACGGCGCGGGCGGCAGCGGCGCGGCGCGCGAGCCCGACGCGCUGCGCACCGUGCAGACCUACAUCAUGCUCGAGCAGCGGCGCCGGGCCGACUUCUCUAUCGACGCCAUCCUCAAGUUCGACCACUGAGCCGGCGCCGGCAACACUGAGCGGCUCACUUAUUAGUUACCGGUUGAUGCAUUAUUGCUCGAGUGCGGUGUCGCCGCGCUAUUAUGUUUCUAUACAACCAAUCUCAGAAUACACACCCAUUGUAUAACACAUUUAUUACUGAUUGACGAUCGUUGGUGCCCAGCUUGUGGCUACUAAAUCAAUUUUGCUAUAGUGCGAAACGUGAAAAGACACUAUGGGCUCGGACAAUCGCGUAGCUCUCGGAAAUUGUGAAUAACGUUCCGCGGCUCCAGAGUCGCUUCAGCAUAAUGAGUAGUGUGACACCGACGCGGGCCGGGCCGGUCGCGAGCCACUUGUACGUGCUAAUUCGGACUUCAUUGCGGACAACUACACACGAGGGCUCUGCGUUCAUUAAUAAUUUCGACCAACUAAAAUAAAGGCCACUGCGUAACAUCAUGCGUUCCUACAUAAUUAUAUACAAUGUAGUUACGAAUAACAUCUGACGAAUGAUUAUUAUGUCCAUAGCAUUGUAUAGAUCAAAUAUCAGAUUGGAAUUUACGUUUAAGACUUUUCUGUAAAUAUUUAGUAAGCGCAGCUACUAUCACACGUUUCAUGUGCAAUAAGGUACAAGGGGGCAAUUUCAACUGGCGGAAAUUUUUAAUUAAUAGAAAUAUUUUCCACACUUUUACUACUUAGGUUCCAUGUAUCUUCACUGAACAAGCGCGCCAUGUGUGUGCAUGUGCACCCUAUAUAAAUUGAUUAGUUGACAUUAUCCGCCAGUUCAAAUUGGCCCCCUGUAGCUAACAGCAUUUAUGUAAUGUCGUUGUUAAAGUAUAACAUGAUUUGCCGUUAAAACUUCGUGUGUUUACAUGAAAAUAAGUAAUAAUAUUGACAGCUAUUAUCGUAAUAAUUGGUAAAUGUUUGAAGUUACAAUUGACUGUAUACUCAUUGUUCAGUGUUGUGUUCUUCAAUGUUAUGUAAUAUAUCAUUCACAUUCUGAGAUCAUAUUUAAUCAGUGCCAUUGCUCAAAAUAACCAAAGAGUUAUUGACUGUUAAGGUUUGUAAAGUCAAAAGAAAUAUUAGGCCCUGAGUGCAGUGCCUGAAUGCAGUGACAUUACAGAGUUAUUUGAUUGUCGAAUGUCAGCUAUUUACAAUUAGCGUGCCUUUUCUCCUGAGAUGCGCUACGUGGAUGUGAUUGAUAUCCACCAAUCAUGUUCCACAAAGCAUAGCGGUAGUGGGAUCGGGUUCGACUAAGCUGAUUGGUGGAUAUCAGACGCAUCCCUAGCAACGUAGCAUAGCACACCUCUUGUGGAUAGGCACCCUUAAGAGUUAUAAGUACAUAAUGUCGGCUGUGUACUUCUAAUACGUAACUUUCUCAGAUGUUACAGCUCUAACUAAUCAACAACUCUUCUAUAGCUAAAAUGAAUAAGGUAAACGCUUUGCUCAUCCAGAUGGGAAUGUCGCUGUUCCAUUUAGGUACAAUGCCAUGCCAAACGUUAAAAUCCUAUACUGAGUAACGUGCUUGGCGGUUUUGAUAACCAUUUAAUGAAAACUACCAAAGGAUGAUUAUGUCCCUGGCGUCCUUUGUAGUUAAUUAUUUGGCUGACUUAAGAUAAAAAAAAACGUAUGUGCCCCUUGUUCAAUUUACUUGACUAUAAAGCCGAUUAGCACCAUGUAAAUAAUAAAUCUGUAAUAUACAAGUAUAGCAUAUCAUGUAGUGAUUCAUUGAUUGUAUUACGGCACAGAAUAUAUAAUAGUAAGAGUACAGAAGGCUCACUCCUUUGAUGUUCACAAAAUACCGCCAUUCUAAAUUCUUA